AAGAAAUAAGAGUAAAAUAUAGCAUUGUCAGGAUACAAAGAUUAUAACUCUAAGAUCAAAAUUUCAAAACUACCAAGAACCAAAGGAUAGUUAAAACUCACCACCCAAAGGAAAUCUGCCUUAGGGAUACAUAGUUGUAGUGAUCACCACUCAAGGAAAAUUUUGCACCAUUCAAUAGAAAAAUAGCCUCGAAAUAUUUUUCUAUUGAAAACUCGUCUUCAAACAAAUAACACUGAGCAUGCCUUUAUAUAGGCCAAGUUUCUAGUGCUCUCCUAACAAAAUGUUUGGAGAGAAAGCAAAAAAGAUAGUACUCCAAAUAUAAUCCUUAAAACUUAAUUGCCUUUCAUUAACACCCGUGUCAGUUGAUUUCAAUGAUAGAUAUCACUCUAAACAGACAAACGUGGGUCGUUUGAUGGAAAAGUAUGGUUCAAAACUACUGGGGACAUCAUACAAGGAUCCUAUUACAAGUUUUAGCCUCUUUCAGAAGUUCUCUGUUCAGCAUCCUGAGGCUUACUGGUCAAUUGUUCUAAACGAGCUUGCAGUUUCAUUCCAUGAUGCCCCAAAAUGCAUUUUAGAUACCACUGACGAAUCGAAACAUGGAGGAACAUGGCUUCCUGGUUCAGUUUUGAAUAUUGCUGAAUGUUGUUUGCUGCCUAGAAGUCAUCCAAGGAAAGAGGAUAGUAGUUUGGCUGUUGUGUGGAGAGAUGAGGGCUGUGAUGAUUCCAAUAUUAGUCACAUGACGUUGAAAGAAUUUCGAGAACAAGUAAUGUUGGUGGCGAGUGCACUGGAUGCAAUAUUUUCAAAGGGUGAUGCAAUUGCAAUUGACAUGCCAAUGACAGUCAAUGCAGUUAUCAUAUAUUUGGCAAUUAUCCUAGCAGGAUGUGUUGUUGUAUCAAUAGCUGAUAGCUUUGCAGCGAAGGAAAUUGCAACUCGUUUGCGUGUGUCAAAAGCAAAGGGCAUCUUCACUCAGGAUUUCAUAUUAAGAGGAGGAAGAAAGUUUCCUUUGUACAGUCGAGUUGUAGAAGCUGCUCCAUUAAAAGCUAUAGUUCUCCCUGUGAUUGGGAAUGAAGUAGGCAUUCAGUUAAGAGAACAAGAUUUAUCAUGGAAAGUUUUUCUUUCUAGCGCCAAUCGCCAUCCAAGAUCAAAUAAUUAUACUCCAAUCUAUCAACCAGUAGAAGCUGUGACUAAUAUUCUCUUUUCAUCUGGAACCACAGGAGAACCAAAAGCUAUUCCAUGGACACAACUUUCACCAAUUCGAGGUGCUGCUGAUUCGUGGGCUCACAUUGAUGUUCAAGCUGGAGAUGUUUUCUGCUGGCCCACAAAUUUGGGAUGGGUGAUGGGACCAGCUUCAAUUUACUCAUGCUUUCUAUCUGGUGCAACUCUUGCACUCUAUCAUGGAUCACCUCUUGGCCGUGGCUUUGGAAAAUUUGUUCAGGAUGCAGGAGUGACUAUUUUGGGUACAGUUCCAAGCUUAGUAAAAGCUUGGAGGAGUACACAGUGUUUGAAAGGCCUAGAUUGGACGAGGAUAAAAUCAUUUGCAUCCACUGGGGAAGUGUCCAACAUUGACGAUGACCUUUGGCUUUCUUCAAGAGCUUACUACAAACCUAUUAUCGAAUGCUGUGGCGGUACAGAACUCGCAUCAUGUUAUAUUCAAGGAAGUCCACUGCAGCCGCAAGUAUUUGGAGCCUUUAGCACAGCAUCGCUGACAACAGGCUUUGUCAUCCUAGAUGAACAUGGAAUACCAUAUCCCGAUGAUCAAGCUUGUGUUGGCGAAGUGGGCCUCUUCCCUGUAUACAUGGGAGCAACUGAUAGAUUGCUUAAUGCUGAUCAUGAGAAAGUUUACUUCGAAGGAAUGCCAAUGUACAGAGGAAUGCGUCUCAGGAGACAUGGGGAUAUCAUUAAGAGAACUGUUGGAGGCUAUUUGAUUGUACAGGGCAGGGCUGAUGACACCAUGAACCUUGGAGGCAUUAAGAUAAGUUCCAUUGAAAUUGAGCGGGUGUGUGACUGUGCUGAUGAAAGCAUCUCGGAGACUGCUGCAGUCAGUGUUGCACCAGUAUAUGGUGGUCCAGAACAGUUGGUUAUAUUUGUAGUAUUAAAGAAGGGGUUUAAUGCUAAACCAGAUGAGUUGAAGAGUAUAUUCUCUAGAGCCAUUCAUAGAAACCUCAACCCUUUGUUUAAGGUAAACAAUGUUAAGAUUGUUCCAGAGUUUCCCAGAACGGCUUCUAACAAGUUACUGAGAAGGGUUCUUAGAGACCAAAUGAAGCAAGAGAUUCCAAUAUGGAGUAGAAUUUAGCGGCGAAAUUGUCAUUGGAGCAUCAAAUCUCAACAAUCCAUUCAUUUGAGGUUCCUUUUGAGAUUCUUGAACUGAAGUAUAAUAAACAUGAAACAUGUAGUAAUUGUAAAUCCUUGAUUGCUAUUUUUUUUGUUGUUACUAAAUCAGGAGUCUUUACGAUGAUAAUAUAACGUUAGGGUCAUAUAAUUGCA